AGUAUAAUAGAGCAAGUAAACUGAUAUUAAUACGAAAGUCCUGUGACAGGCCGUGAGUCCGUUAAGUCCCGAGGUGGUGUGAAAAUGCUGAUAUGAUCGUUGAGAGGAUAAGACCCAGGCAGAAGAAAAAUUAAAAGGGAUCAGCCUACUAGAGGAGGUGGGAUUUCAGAAAGGCUUUGAAGAUGAGGGAGCUGAGGACUGGCAGAUUUAAAGGGAGAAGGAGUUCUGGACAGGAGGAAGAACGUCUCCUGGAUGUUUUCCCUUGAAAUGUCAAGCACAAUGAAGUUAGUAUUGACCUUCAUUUUUUCUGGAACUCUAACCGUCUGUGGCGGAAAUACAACAAAUAGUUUGUUACCUAGGUUACUGCUGGUCUCUUUUGAUGGUUUUCGGGCUGACUAUCUGCACAACUAUGAAUUUCCCCAUCUCCAGAAGUUUAUUGAAGAGGGUGUCUUAGUAGAACAAAUAGAAAAUGUUUUUAUUACAAAAACCUUUCCAAACCACUACAGUAUAGUGACAGGCCUGUAUGAAGAAAGCCACGGCAUUGUGGCUAAUGCAAUGUAUGAUGCAGCAACAAAGAAGUAUUUUUCAGAGCACAAUGACAAAGAGUCCUUUUGGUGGAAUGAAGCAACACCUAUUUGGGUGACCAAUGAACUUCAGGCAAACAGAACAAGCGCUGCUGCCAUGUGGCCUGGAACCGACGUAAAAAUUCACAAUACGACUCCUUCAUACUUUAUGAAUUAUAGUUCUUCGGUAACGUUUGAUGAAAGGUUAGGCAAUAUUACCCACUGGCUGACCAGCUCUGACCCUCCAGUCACCUUUGCAACCCUUUACUGGGAAGAGCCAGAUGCCAGCGGGCAUAAAUACGGCCCCGAAGGGACAGAGCAAAUGCGUGCGGUGUUGAAAGAAGUGGAUAACCACGUCGGCAACCUCGUCCAAAAACUCAAGGCACUAGGACUGUGGGAAAGUCUUAAUGUAAUCAUCACGAGUGAUCAUGGGAUGGCUCAGUGUUCCCAGGAUAGACUGAUAAACUUGGAUACCUGCAUCAGUCGGGGGAACUACACGUUAGUAGACUCGACUCCAGUUGCUGCGAUACUACCUAAAGGAAAUAAAACUUAUGUUUACAACUUGCUGAAAAACUGCAGCCUAAACAUGAAAGUCUAUCUCAAAGAGGACAUUCCGAAAAGAUUUCACUAUCAACAUAAUGACCGCAUUCAACCCAUUAUUCUGGUGGCCGAUGAAGGCUGGACGAUUGUACAGAAUGAUUCACUUAAAAAAUUAGGUGACCAUGGUUAUGACAAUACUCUGCCCAGCAUGCAUCCCUUUCUGGCCGCUCACGGUCCUGCCUUUCACAGAGGCUACAGACAGAGGUCAAUCAACACUGUCGAUAUUUAUCCGAUGAUGUGCCAUAUCCUAGGAUUAAAGCCACAACCCAGUAAUGGAACUUUCGGGAACACCAAGUGUCUGCUUGCGGAUCAGUGGUGCAUCAAUCUUCCGGAAGCUAUUGGAAUAGUUAUUGGUGUCCUCUUGUUGCUAACUACUCUGACCUGUCUUAUGAUCAUCAUGAAAAACAAGAUGGGAUCACCCCGUCCGUUUUCCCGACUUCAGCUACAAGAUGACGAUGAUGAUCCCUUAAUUGGAUAGCAGAGGUGGUGUGUCAACAUCAUUUGAAGGAUAGGAGCGUCUCGAAGCACACGUGUGGAAUCGACAUCAGCCAUGGACUAACACUGCACAGAAUUAUGCCCGUCAUGAAUUUUAGUAGACAGAACCUCUGCCAGACUUUGUGGAUGAAUCUUUUGUGUAUUCACGAUUAGAGGAUCUCUGGACCACAGUAAGAUUCAUCACAUAACAUCCGGUGAGGUAAAGGAUCCGUUUCUACAACUGGAGGUCAUUUUUGUAAAUUACUCAAUGCUACAAUACUUUGGCAGUCGAGGCACAGCAUGUACUAAUAUGGAAAAUAGUAUUACAACUUUACUAGUACUGGAAAUGAACCCAGUGAAUUGUGGAGCCUAGUGAAUUUGGAAAAAUAUUAACACUUUAGUUUCUUGUGAAAUUUAAUAUAUUUUAAAAUAAAUCUAUGUUUUUGCAAUUCUUGCACACUUAUGUACGUAUCAGGGAGAAAAGGCUUCUGCACUUUUGCAUUUAUUUGAAAAUGGAGACACUGAAUUCUUAUCUGAAAUAUACUGAUAAAUAAAUCAGGCAGACAAUAAGAGAGCCUGUAGGGAAAAGAAUGGUUGGACAGGAUGACCUCAGAUUUGAGAUUCGGUAAUUGGGCUAUUUAUUUAAAGUCAGUGUUUGUCCAACCUUCUUUGAGUAAUAGGACUUGAAAUUCAUUGUUAGCUUCUUUGUCUUCUAAAGGUCAGUCCUUUCAAAUACAGGUUGUUCCUUAUUUCUUAUCAGUCUCACGGACACUCUUUGGAAGAGACAUUUUCUAUCCUUAAAUACAUUUUCAACUGACUGUGUCAAAGGCCUAAAUUUUGUCACUCUUAGCAGAGGGAGCAAAGUAAGAGCUAAUCACGUUUGGGCUCCCUUCAGAUUCUUUUAGUUUUGUUUCUCCACUUAUUUGCAGAUUUAAACUUACAGCUAUUUUGGAGCAACUUAAAAUGGGGUACCCCGAUGUCAAAGAAAAGUGAUUUCAAUAUCAGUCCAUUUGAAAAAUCAGCAUUGGAGUAAUACAUUGGAACAUUUGGUACAACUGAGAAUGUAACUUUUUAGAUUACUGUAUUUAUCCCCAAGCCACCUGCCAUGUAUAAACCACCAUAUCUAAUUUUAAAUGAAUUUAGCCUGGUUUUCUCUCAGUGUUUGAGGGCCCAAGGGACACUUGAAUCUACUUCUGAUAUAGGUUACUCUGGUAGGGAGAAAGGAAGUCAUCUUUAUUUGAAAGCACAUUAGGUGACUGAAUUUUUAAGUAUUACUUUGGAAAUGCGAUAUUAAGGGGCGAGACCUAUAUCCGAAAAAACUAACAACCUCGAGAACCUCAAAGUGGAGCCUUUUGUUAGAUAAUCCUGCCUUUUUACUAGCCCCGCUUUUUGUUUCUGAGUUGCUCUUCAAAUCCAGGUGUAGAGGAUAAUUAAUAAUUGCUAAAAUAGUUGAUAGACAAAAUCUUGCUUUGGAAUGGAUUGAUUAGGACUAAAAAUACACAAUUUAAAUACAAAAUGUUUGGAGAAUAUUUUUAGGGGCUAGUUUAUGGUGGAAGGAUUAAAUAUUGCAUUUUUACAUACUUUGUUACAUGCAGAAAAUGUUUAAAGCUAAGGUAGUCAGUGUUCACGCAGGUACGAAUUGUGAUCAAGUGGGCUGAGGGGAAGGUAAAAUCAAUCCUCCUUAAACCAAGUCCCAGGAAGUUCUGGUGGUAAAUUAGUAGCCUUAUUAAUUUUUAAGGGUAAUAUAGUAUUGCCACGACUGCUCUCUCAUUAAAGUUCAGUAAAUGCACAUUUCAGAAGAAGACCUUGCCAGGUGGAAAUAAACCUACAGUUGAGGGCCUAUUAAGGGAGUGGAAGAAAAGUGUGGUAAUAACCGUAUCUCUUCCUCUUCUAGAAAACACAUUUAUUUCUCUGUGCUCUGGCUCUCUAUAAAAUGUUUCUUAAAAACCUCACCCCAAGGAUUCCAUACAUGUUUAACUUUUCAUGUAAGUGAAAUUGUAAACAAAUUUAAUUAGGUCAAAUUUAAUCUGAGGUUAUUGUAGCAAGGAUAUUUUGUGAAUACAACAGUUAAUGAAGGCCAAGGAAAUGUAUUUAUCUAAAGGAAUUGCACUUAAUGACUUUUUCGAAAGGGUCUAUAUUUUGUUCAACUGUAGCCUGAAACCCUCUGGAAACCACUGAAUAGAUUAAUUCUAAAAGAUUAGACAUGAGAAAAUUAUAUUGUUACAAGUAGGUUUUGUAUUUAAAAUACAAGGUGAUAACAAAAUUGAAUUCUUUUGGCUAAUGGAAGGAAAAUACUGGUAUCAAAGUAAACAUUGCCAGUUAUAGGAAGUAAGAAUCUGCUUGUUUUUGGCUAAUCACACCUUAAAUUAUGGCAUCAUUUCUGGUAAUGUACAAAGCAACAGUUAUAGUACCACUAGUUAUUAAAAAUGGUGUUAUUAAUAGAAUUUAACACCUUUAAAGUGCUAAAGCCCAUAUAUUACAUAUUGUAUAUGUUGAAUCAGUGUGCUAGAAAUCCACUAGACUAUCUGUUUGGAUUCUCAGCUUUUUGGAACAAUGAAGGUUUGAGGAUUUUUCCCAAGAUCGAGUAACUUCCUGCACUGGGAGGGCUCUGCGGAGGGUUAAACUUUCAUGAAAGUACAGGUGAUAGUCUUUAAUAAAGGGGCAAUCUGUAUUCACUAAUGUGAGCGAAGUAAAUGGAGCCCGAUGUUUGUUGAAAAUGAGUGCCUUAUUACAUUUAUAUUUUGACUAUUGUUUGUGGUCCGUGUGGAAAGCUUUUGCUUAGAGAAAAAUAAAGUUAUAUUAUUACCCAAA